GGUUUCUGUUAGCAAAAAACUCGGGGGUUUUGGGCAUCCUCUUUCACUAUCGCUCACGCCCAAGGCGGAAGCAAGCAAGCAUUUGCAUUCCUUCAACAAUGGGGAAAGUGAGACUUCGAGUGGCGUUUGAAGAUCGCCACAUGCUGACCAGAUUACAGAAAUCGGAGGGACUCAAACAAAGCUGGAUUCUCCUCGAUCCUCAACACCAGACCAUCUCCGAUAUCUCAUCUUAUCUCAUUGACGCUUUUCAACUCGCUCAUACAUGCUCUAAUGGCCUCAUACUAUCUAUGGAUGGAUUUGUGCUGCCGCCGUUUGAAUCAGUAGAUAUCCUGAAAGACGGAGAUGAAAUAAGUGUCAAGAAGAAAAGUUGCAAGUUAUCAAAUAUUAUCAAAGAGAGUGAAGAUGAAAGGCAACUUAUGAUUCUGGACAAAGAGCAGCCCGUGCAUACAGCUAUACCACUUCUAGCAAACAAGGAGUUUGAAAACGAGACUGGUGGAUAUGAAAGUGAUAUAGAAGAGAAAGAUAAUGAGUCUGUGGAUGUUUUGCCUGUAGAGCGUCCAGUUAAGGAUGCGGUUUUAAAGAAAAGAAAAGCAGGCAAAAGAGAUCAUAGUGCUAGCAAGAAGAGAAAGUGCAACAAGAUCACCAAAGAGUCUGAAAACAAUGUUAGUAAGGAGGAUUAUGAGAGUAAUAAGAUCCAGCUGGAUACAAAUGCAAGCAAAGAUCAGAAUAUACCAACCACUGAAAAUGAACUCAUUUGUGCUCAAAGCCCAAAGGAUAAGCCCUCGAAGAGAACAAAGAGUGUUAAUCAUCCGGAAGGAAAUGAUGCAGUUACCAAGAAGUCAGAGGAUAUACCUGCUUCAGCUCAAAAGGUCCCCAGCAGAAGUGCUAGGCGGAAAAAGGCCAAGAGGAUCUGGCGGCGGGAAGCUAUAAAAAAAGAGAUGGAGAGUUUAAAAUUGCCACAAAAUGCUGAGAAAUCUCCUCAAAAUGACAAUCAGAAGAAUGCUAUUGAGUGUCAAUCCCUUGAAACUGAUGAACAGAUGAAUCCUGCAGAUUACCAAACUCCUCAAAAGGAUAAUCAGAAGAAUCCUAUUGAGUUCCAAUCCCUUCAAACUGAUGAACAGAUGAAUCCUACUGAGUGCCAAUCUCUUGAAAAAGUAAAGCAAAAGAACCCUGUUAAAUCUCAUCAACCAGUUCAUAACACUGAAGGAGAUAAUGAUAUUGUUCCUAUUGUAAUUAGACCUGGACAUAUUCGCUUUGAGCCCUUGGAAAAAGAUCACAAUGUCCCAGAAAAUCAAUUGCCAAUGGAAACAUUUCAGUGGAAUGGAAUCACUAGUAAGAAACAGGGACAGAAGUGGGGUAAAGAAAAAGAAAAAUUCUCAGCCAAAAGGGUGGACUCUUCUAAAGACAUGAGCACCGAAAAUUCUGGUAGAGCUGCUAAGGAAAAAGAACCACAACUGCAGUACAGUCCAAUCCGCUUUGAAAAGCUAGAACGACUAUCAACACUGCCUCAGGAUGGUGAUGUCAUCGCUUAUCGUCUUGUUGAAUUGUCUUCAUCCUGGACACCUGAGCUUUCUUCUUUCAGGGUUGGAAAGACUUCGAGAUUUGAUUCUCAAUCAAAUGUGAUUCUGUUAACUCCACUCCCAGAAUAUCCUAUUAUUUUUGAGAAGAAGUCGGAUGAAGAAGAAGAAAAAGAAGAAGAAGGAGAAGUCUCAGAACAACCAGAUAACAACUCUCUUUAUAAAGAAGAUGGAUCUUUAGAGAUUGAUUUUGCUUUGCUGGAUGAUGUCCGGAUUAUCGAACUUGUCAACCAAGAUCCUAUGAAUGUUUCUGUUGCGAAACCAACAAAUGCUGUCAUCUCAGACAAAAAUGAAGUAAGUGCUUGGGAUGAAAUGAAAGCGGCUCUUAGUGCCAAGAAGCAACAGCUGCUAGAGGAGAGUGAGUGGGAUAGUAAGACUGCUGGCAAGAACUCGUGGUCUUAUAGAGCUUUGCGAGGUAGUGCCCUCGGCCCUGCUAUGGCAUAUCUAAGAGCCAGAAAUGAUAUUUGAUAAAUUUGUCAUGUGGGUCACUUUUUUGUUCAAACUCGACUUUUUAUUUUUCAAUGUCUUUUAAUGAUGUAUUUGGUUGGAAUUUACCAUCCUUUUAAUGACAUUGGUUGCGGUCAAAAAAAGGUAAAAUAGAAGAAUCAAAGGUGACUCUCCUUUGUGUUUGCAAGAA